GAUCGGUAUAAAUACUUUAUGCUCUUCUUCCCCUUCCCCGAGAAGUCAGUGGCAAUUACGCAAUUACAGUAAAAGUGAUGGGCAACAAUUGAAACCUAUGAUAGUAUAUGGUGUGAUUGUAGCAAGCAAACAGACGAACAGCAGGGGCUCCGUAGUUGGGAGACAUCAAGCGCAACACCGAGCCCCACACCCAGCAAGAGGCCCGCCGCCAUGUUUUGGUCUUCGGAGGUGUAGCGAAAAAGCUUCGGGAUCAAUUCAUAGUUGGAGAGCUUCGGAAUCAAUUCAUACUUGGAGGGCUGCCGAAUCAAUUGAUAAUCAAAUUUAAUAUGCUGCAUUUGCUUAUGGAGCGGUUUCAAUGGAAUUUUCGGUUUACACAAGGAAAUGUUAUUGUCCUUUAUUAAUCGAGCUUAAUUCUUUCCUUUUCCCACACUUCCCCUUCUCCUAAUAUGCUGUAGCUGGUCCAUUAUAUUUUUGGGAAGAGAAAGGGAAACCUAGACUGGUUCACUGCUAGUUUGGGAAUCUGAGAUUGUGUACCAAGUUAGAUGGAUUUGACAAAAAAGGAUGUUGACACUGAAAAGGUAAGGGACUUACAAAAUGGUCAUGUUUUGCUAAAAGAAGGACAGCCUUCUUCGGGGAGCAGAAGUCCUAUGGGCGUUAGCCCUAUGAAGAAGAGUCUUGAGGGUAAAGAUGCUCUGUCAUAUGCCAACAUACUCCGCUCUAGGAAUAAGUUUGUGGAUGCACUUGCCGUCUACGAGACUGUGUUGGAGAAGGAUGCUGAAAAUGUUGAAGCUUAUAUUGGCAAAGGGAUUUGCCUGCAGAUGCAGAACUUGGGGAGGCUUGCGUAUGAAAGUUUUGCUGAAGCCGUUAGGUUGGAACCACAAAAUGCAUGUGCUCUCACACAUUGCGGUAUCUUAUAUAAAGAUGAGGGUCGACUGGUGGAGGCAGCUGAGAUGUAUCAGAAAGCUCUAAAGGCUGACCCAUCUUACAAGCUUGCAGCAGAAUGCCUGGCAAUUGUUUUAACGGAUCUUGGAACUAGCUUAAAGCUUGCUGGUAAUACUCAGGAGGGAAUUCAGAAGUACUAUGAAGCUAUCAAAAUUGACCCUCACUAUGCUCCGGCUUAUUAUAACCUUGGCGUUGUCUAUUCGGAAAUGAUGCAAUAUGACACAGCCCUUAAUUGCUAUGAAAAAGCUGCAAUAGAGAGGCCCAUGUAUGCAGAAGCAUAUUGCAACAUGGGUGUUAUCUACAAAAAUCGUGGGGAUUUGGAGUCAGCUAUUGCCUGUUAUGAAAGGUGUUUAACUGUCUCACCAAACUUUGAGAUUGCAAAAAAUAACAUGGCCAUUGCCUUAACAGAUUUAGGCACAAAGGUUAAAUUGGAGGGUGAUAUUAACCAGGGCGUUGCAUAUUACAAGAAAGCUCUCUAUUAUAAUUGGCACUACGCUGAUGCCAUGUACAAUCUUGGUGUUGCUUAUGGAGAAAUGCUGAAGUUUGACAUGGCAAUUGUCUUUUAUGAACUUGCAUUCCACUUCAAUCCCCAUUGUGCAGAGGCAUGUAACAAUUUAGGGGUGAUAUACAAGGAUCGUGACAACCUUGAUAAAGCAGUAGAGUGUUACCAGAUGGCUUUAUCAAUCAAACCUAACUUUUCCCAGUCAUUAAACAAUCUUGGAGUUGUUUACACAGUCCAGGGUAAAAUGGAUGCUGCUGCUAGCAUGAUUGAGAAAGCUAUUGUUGCAAAUCCGACUUAUGCCGAAGCAUAUAAUAAUUUAGGGGUCCUCUACAGAGAUGCUGGGAACAUAUCUCUUGCAGUUGAAGCAUAUGAGCAGUGCCUUAAAAUAGAUCCUGACUCUCGCAAUGCAGGCCAGAAUCGAUUGCUCGCAAUGAACUACAUAAAUGAGGGUACUGAUGAUAAAUUGUAUGAGGCUCACAGAGACUGGGGUAGACGCUUCAUGCGGUUAUUUCCACAGUAUACUUCCUGGGACAACAUUAAGGAUCCAGAAAGGCCGCUUGUUAUUGGAUAUGUCUCCCCUGAUUAUUUUACUCAUUCCGUAUCAUAUUUUAUUGAAGCGCCGCUUAUAUAUCAUGACUACGCAAAUUAUAAGGUGGUUGUCUAUUCAGCAGUUGUGAAGGCAGAUGCAAAAACUAAUAGAUUCAGAGAGAGAGUCUUGAAGAACGGUGGAACAUGGAGGGACAUUUACGGGAUUGAUGAGAAAAAGGUGGCAAGCAUGGUCCGAGAAGACAAAAUUGAUAUCUUGGUGGAACUUACUGGUCAUACUGCAAACAACAAGUUGGGAAUGAUGGCUUGCCGGCCUGCACCUGUUCAGGUGACGUGGAUUGGCUACCCUAAUACAACUGGUUUGCCAACCAUUGAUUACAGGAUAACUGAUGCAUUGGCUGACCCGCCUGAUACGAAACAGAAGCAUGUUGAAGAAUUAGUUCGAUUACCCAAUUCAUUUCUGUGUUACACACCUUCCCCUGAAGCAGGGCCAGUGUGUCCAACUCCUGCUUUAUCUAAUGGCUUUGUUACUUUCGGUAGCUUCAACAAUCUUGCAAAGAUAACACCCAAAGUUCUGCAAGUCUGGGCAAGGAUUCUAUGUGCCGUUCCAAAUUCUCGGCUUAUUGUGAAGUGUAAGCCUUUUUGCUGUGACAGCGUAAGACAGCAAUUUCUUUCAACACUGGAGAAGUUGGGAUUGGAAUCACUGCGCGUUGAUCUUCUGCCUCUAAUUCUUCUCAACCAUGAUCAUAUGCAAGCAUAUUCCUUAAUGGACAUCAGCUUGGAUACUUUUCCUUAUGCGGGGACAACUACCACAUGUGAGUCUCUGUACAUGGGAGUGCCAUGUGUCACUAUGGGAGGUUCUGUGCACGCCCAUAAUGUUGGUGUAAGUCUCCUCAAGACAGUUGGGUUAAGCAACCUUGUUGCCAAGAAUGAAGAUGAAUAUGUAGAGAUGGCUCUGCAGUUGGCCUCUGAUAUUACUGCCCUCUCAAACUUGAGAAUGAAACUAAGGGAUCUCAUGAUUAAGUCUCCUCUUUGUGAUGGAUCUGAAUUCACUCAACACUUGGAGUCAGCAUACAGGAAUAUGUGGUGGCGGUAUUGUAAGGACGACGUUCCAUCUUUGAGGCGCAUGGAGAUGGCACAACUGCAACCGCAACAGCAGCUUCAUUCACUACAAGCAGUUCCAGAGGGGCUUGCUGUAAGGUUAGGUGAACCCACAAAAAAUAUUUCUAGAGAUGGUCUGCUUGCGCCAGUUAAGGCUAACGGAUUUAACCUGGGGCAGUCUUCCUCAUUGAGUACUUCACAUAGAGAUGAGAAUGGGUCAUGUUGAGUCAAAACUGCAACUCGGGCAAAUUGGGUUGGUGUUAGUUGGUCGGAUGAUUCAUCAAACUAAGGUCCCUGGAGAAUGAUUAAUGAUCCAGUGCAUCAGGUAGUUGUAUUAGCCAGCAGCAAGUUUCUGUAAUCCAUGGUUGAGGCCCUUUGUACCAUAUAUUUGAUGGGGCUUUACAUGGUAGAUUGGGAUGACUUGGCUUGGCAGAUUUGUCUACUCUUGCAGCACUAAGGCUGAAAUUGUUUUGGGAGCAGGAUAUUGGAAGUAGUCUAGGAAGUAUUGAAAUAUGUAUUUGAUCAAGAUAAAAUCUAGUGGAGAAGCAAGAAAGGGUAGUGCUAUGGGCUUGUAUUAGGAAUGAUCUCUACCCCUUGGGUCAUAAUGGGGUUUUUGCAAUAUAAGGAAUGAUGCUAUUGUUGUGGAAUUUAGUUUAUAGAAGGGCAAUUUGUGUA